UCAUGGACUAUGUGGUCUAUAUAUCUGUCUCAUUCGCCAUGGAUUCGUAACUCCAUGAGAUAACCAUUCUCUUGAUUUCACCUCAAGAUCAUCCCACCAUGGCUAGCCCAGAGACUCUGGCCCCCUUGAUUCUUGCAAUCAUCUGCUCUAUCGUUAGCAGUUGUGAGUCUAGUUUUCCAUCAGUACUGUUUCCGUCUUACUCCCCUCCGACUCCACCUUCUUCUUAUCCAGCUUAUCCUCCCCCGGAUAAUAAUGAACCCGUUUCGCCAUCCCCAAGCCCUGCCUAUUUUCUACCCGAACCAGGAACCCCUUCCUAUCCGGCAGUACCCACCACGCCUUCUUAUCCUCCCCAGACUUUUCAUCCUAUGAAGCCCGCCCCAAGUCCCUCAGCAGUGCCUGCUUAUCCGGGAGUGCCUGCUUCCUCUCCUCCAUUACCUGCACCCGCCGCGGGUCCUGUUUCCUACCCCCCAGUUCCUGCAUCACCAGAACCAUACCCUUCACCACCGGAUCAUAAAGGAAUUAAAGGAGCAUAUUGGCCUUCAUUUGAUGGAUUUGAAGCCUCCUCCAUUGACACUUCAUAUUUCACCCACAUUUUCUAUGCGUUCCUCUUGCCUGACCCCGUGACAUUCAAGCUUAAUGUCACGCCAUUCGACCAACAAAAAAUACCCGGCUUCAUUGAAAACCUACGUACCCGAAAUCCGCCCGUAAAAACCCUACUGUCCAUGGGGGGUGGUGGGAGCGAUGCUAUUGCACUCAUAUUCGCAAACCUAUCCGGUGCCCAAGAAACACGAAAAGUUUUCAUCGAUUCAACCAUCGAAGUUGCUCGAACAUACGGAUUUGAUGGUCUGGGCCUGGACUGGGAAUAUCCUGCUAAUGAUCAGGAAAUGAUCAACCUUGCUUUGUUACUUAAAGAAUGGCACGAAGCAUUGGUCCAUGAAGCUAGCGCCAGCGGCAAACCGCGUUUGCUACUAACUGCUGCGGUCUAUUACUCUCCGCAAUUCACUACAUAUGGUCUGCCUAGAUCCUACCCUGCUGAUUCUAUAAAUAAAUAUGCUGAUUGGAUCAAUCCAAUGUGCUAUGAUUACCAUGGUACACGGGAGAAUUUCACAGGACCAAAUGCAGCAUUAUAUAACCCAAAGAGCAAUGUGAGCACAAGUUUUGGCAUUGGAUCAUGGAUCCAAGCCGGUGUUUCGCCGAAAAAGCUAGUGAUGGGCCUCCGGUUAUACGGCCGGACGUGGAAGCUCUUGGAUCCGAAUGUUAAUGGAAUUGGAACACGUGCUGUAGGGGAAGGACCUGGAGGUGGGAUCUUCGAUUAUUAUCAGGUUCUUGAAUUUGACAAGGAGAACAAUGCAAUAGUCAACUUUGAUGGACAAACUGUGUCCUACUACUCUUAUGCUGGCGGCUUCUGGGUUGGGUAUGAUGACUCCGUAACCAUUGAUUGGGAGGUCCAGUUUGCAAGGUCUCGAGGCUUGGGUGGAUACUUUUUCUGGGCUUUGGGCCAGGAUAAGGAUUGGAUUAUCUCAAAACAAGCUUCGAACUCUUGGGAUCGCUGAGAAAAGUUGCAGCUUCAAAGACGUGGGAGUGGAAAUAACUUUGAAGUUUUAAUUAAUCAACCAUUUUUUAUUUCA